GUCGAAAAGAGCAGUUGGUGCACUCCGUGCCUUCUCGACCAAUCAGCGGCAGAGCGCGGGAGUCUCCGGCGGGAACAGAUAGCCAAUUAUUCUAGUGCGCCACACCUGUAGCCUCAACGAAUCUCUAAGAUUGGCUGCGUAUCAACUCAAUCUUCUUGUUGAAACAGCUCGACCGAUUGUCCAGUGAAGAUGGGGAAAGAUGAUGAUCCCACCUUCAGUAUAUCAAAGGAAAUGGCUUCUCACAGCAGCUUGCCACGGAGUAAGAGGAACAUGAGCGAUGAAGAGUAUCGUGAAAGUAUUAUUCAGCGAACCAUGCAUGCAUUGUCUGUCAGUGAAGAGUUCACUCAGCUGCUUGUAAAGAGGAUGGAGCAGAAUGAAAACCUUCAAAAGCAGCUUCCCAAAAGCGACGAAAGGUCUUCCAAAGGUUCGGCUCGUGGCAGGAAAAGGAAAGCUAACAACGCUCCAUCAGUGAAGAGCAAACAGCCAAGAAGUAAUGAGGAAUCUGUUCCGUCUGGUGGUACCACAUACAUUAAUGCACAGAACCUUGAGGUAUCCAUUCGGCAGCCUAAACUUUUGGAAGGUGCCAUUAUGCGUGACUAUCAGCUUGACGGUCUUGAAUGGUUGGUGGCAUUAGACUUGAAUGGAGCUAAUGGAAUUCUAGCUGAUGAAAUGGGACUAGGAAAAACUGUGCAGGUCAUUGCAUUGAUAUGCUUCCUGGUGGAAAUGGGAGUUGGUGGAGAGGCUCCAUUUCUUGUCAUUGGACCAUUAUCAACUCUUCAUAACUGGGUUGCUGAAUUUCAAAACUUUGCUCCAAAGAUCCCAGUGCUACUGUAUCAUGGUAACCAACAACAAAGAAAUCUUUUGAAAGGUGGUAUUUUGAAGAAGAGCACUGUUGGCAAGGCAGACACAUAUCCAGUUAUCAUCACUUCUUAUGAAACUCCUCUCAGAGAUAAAUCUCUUCGCAAAAUUAAUUGGAGGUACCUUAUAGUUGAUGAAGGACAUCGCUUGAAAAAUCAUAAAUGUCUCCUUGUCAAUGAGUUAAGAAGGUUUAAUACCACUAAUCGUCUUCUCUUAACGGGAACUCCCCUGCAAAACAAUAUGACAGAACUUUGGUCUUUGUUAAAUUUCAUUCUUCCUAAUAUUGUCAAUGACAUUGAUGUGUUUGAAUGUUGGUUUGAUGCUUCAUUUUUGCAAGCAUCUGAUGCCAAUGAGAAAAUUGUUGAGGCUGAGGCAAAGGAUAAAGUUGUUACAACUCUGCAUAAGAUCUUGAAGCCAUUCCUGCUUCGCCGUGUCAAGGCAGACGUUGGUCUCAAUCUCCCUCCUAAGAAGGAAAUCAUCAUUUAUGCCCAGAUGACCGACUGGCAAAACCGUUUGUACUCUGCAAUUGUGGAGAAAACCAUAUACAAAUUAAUGGGGAGGAAAGAAGCUUGGGAGGACCCUUAUGCCCUGGAGAAAGCAGCCCGUCGCAGUGCUAAAUUCGAAUCUUCCGAUCUUGAGCAAGAAGUAACUGAAAAUGAUAGCCUUAACACUCUCAGACGUUCAACGAGGAGGACGGCUGUCCCUGUCAACUCUGGAGACUACAAAUUGCUGGCUCGUGGAAUCCCUCUAAGUACUUUCAGGGAUGGACCUCUGUUUUGCCAUGAGGAUAGCUGGGGUCCUGAGGAGAGCUGUGAUAAACUUCUGGAAGGCCUUGCUGGGCCAGAUGAAGAAUUUAUCACUGAAGUUAGAAUAAGAAACCCAGUUUCAGCAUUGAGGCAGAUUUGCAAUCACCCAUAUCUUGCGAGUUUUCCAGUUAUUCCUGGAACUCGCAUGUUGAAAAUUGAUGAAAAUAUUAUUCAUCGAUCUGGGAAGUUACAGAUAUUAGAUGCUAUGCUAACCCGCCUCAAAAGGAAUGGCCACAAGGUCCUGAUCUUCUCCAAUUUUAAAAUAAUGCUUGACAUUAUAGAGGAUUAUUUUAUCAUGAAGGAUUAUCAAUAUACAAGACUAGAUGGAUCAUGUGACCUAGCUGAUCGACAGGAGAGUAUCAAGAAAUUCAAUUCUGAGGAUGAUGUAUUUGGUUUCCUGAUAUCCACUCGAGCUGGUGGGCUUGGAAUAAAUUUAGUUGCUGCUGAUACUGUUAUAAUUUAUGAUAGUGAUUGGAAUCCACAAUGUGAUUUACAAGCUCAGGAUCGUUGCCAUCGAAUUGGACAAACCAAACCUGUUGCUGUUUAUCGGUUUGUGGUUCGAGGGACUAUGGAUGAACACCUUGUUAAUUGUGCUGAGAAAAAGAAACAGCUGGAUAAAGUUGUAAUUCAACAUGGAAAAUUUAAGAAUAUCAAGAAAAAUGACGUAGUAAGUUUGGAUGAACUCAGGAACCUACUUCAACCCAAAGAUAAAACUGAAGCUGUCUUCAAAAAUGGUUUAGUUUAUUCAGAAGAAGAACUUGAUGUUCUGUGUGAUCGAAAUGCUUUGUUCAGUUCUAAACUGAAAGACGAAGUUGAUGCUGAACUUGAUGAUGCUCCAUCUAUUCAUCUUUCUGAUAUUGAUUCCACAAGUGAAUGUUCUGAUUCUCAAGAUGCUAUCAGCUUAAGUUCGCAUACAACUACUGAAACAAACAGUACUGACUCAGGAUUUAGUGGUAGCAGUGCUUUCUAAGAUGCCUAAGAACUAUCCUAGUUUAUGUAUUUUUGUAUCUUAUUUUUUAUCAGAGAUCAAUUAAUUGUGAUGCCAUGUAGAUGCAUGGAUUUGGGCAGUGUUUGCCUCAGUUUUAUUUUUAUACCAAUGAAUCUAUUAAUAUGUUGUUUUUCUUUUAAUUAUUGCUUCUCUUCAAUCUGAUUAAUUGACUUCUUUGAAA